GCGGCAGCCGCGGCGGCAGCGGGAGUAGCAGUAGAAGUAACAGGAGCGCCCCGGUCCCGGCGCCAUGUCGGGCCGCUGCUGCCAGGGCCAGACCCCCAAUCGCGACAUCCCGGGUCCCGGCAAGUGUCUCGCCCUGCCCGACGGUGCUCCGCUGCCGCCCGGUGACUACAGCACCACGCCGGGGGGCACCGUCUUCGGGACCACUCCGGGCGGCACCAGGAUCAUCUACGACCGCAAGUUCCUGAUGGAGUGCCGCAACUCCCCCGUGGCCAAGAGCCCUCCCUCCGACCUGCCCCGCAUUCCAGGGGUCACCAGCCCCUCUGGGGAGGAGCUGAAGGUGGAGAACAAUCACAUCCAGAACUGGGAGGAGAAGGGGAGCACAGGUGAGGAAGAGCAGUUUGACAUGGACAUCUGAGAGUGCUUAGCCAGUGAAGAACCAGGACCUUGUCUUGAGGAUUCCCACCAGCCAGGCUUCCAAGCAGCCCAUGCCUUGAGUGCCUUCCUGCUCCCUGGGAAAGGCAGCUGAUUCCCUUUGGAGAGCAGAAUACGUCCCACGACCAGGAGCCAGCCUUGGCGCCACCACACCGAGCUCAGCCCCUGCUGCUGGAGGGGGGAGGAGUGCCAGGGGGGGGCAGACACUCUCUCAAUCCUUGGUUUUGUUUCCAGUUUUAUGCUU